AUGCGUUUCAUCAGUGUGGAGAAACUUGGCGAGAUUCAAAACGACGCCACGCGUAUCAGGAACAUAUGUAUUCUAGCACAUGUGGAUCAUGGAAAAACCACACUGGCGGAUUCUCUUAUUGCGAGCAACGGCAUCAUAUCCAACAAACUGGCUGGAAAACUUCGCUAUUUGGAUAGUAGGCCGGACGAACAGAUACGCGGGAUUACAAUGAAGUCCAGUUCCAUAACGCUGCAUCAUGUAUACAAUAAAACAGACCAUGUGAUAAACUUGAUUGAUUCUCCAGGGCACGUGGACUUCUCCUCUGAAGUCUCAACAGCAGUACGAUUAUCAGACGGAGCUAUUAUCCUAGUCGAUGUGGUGGAAGGCGUAUGUCCUCAGACACGCAGUGCCCUCUCUAUGUCGUAUGUUGAGGGUUUGAAACCUAUUUUAGUACUUAAUAAAGUCGAUAGGUUAAUUACGGAAAUGAAAUUAACACCAUUAGAUGCUUAUAUACGUUUGACACAAGUCUUGGAACAGGUAAACGCGAUUAUGGGUGAGUUAUUUGCCAGCGACGUAAUGGAACGUGAAGAACGCGAGGAAAUAGUCGCAAAUCAUCGCAAUCUAUCGGACAAAGUGAACGAGAGAGAUUUGGCUGAUUGGCAAUCUGUAUUAGAAGAAAUAGACGACUCAAAUUUAUAUUUUUCCCCGGAACAAGGAAAUGUUCUUUUUACUAGUGCAAUUGAUGGUUGGGGAUUUGGUAUCAAAGAAUUUGCUAAAAUUUAUUCAAACAAAUUGGGAUUCAGUGAAAAGGUCUUACGUAAAACAUUAUGGGGAGAUUUUUACAUAAACAACAAAACAAAGAGAAUCAUGAAAGGUGCUCAGGAAAAGGCUAAGAAACCACUUUUCGUACAAUUGAUUUUGGAGAAUAUCUGGGUGUUAUAUGAGACCAUAGUGGUACGAAAAGACAAAGAUAAGUUGCCGAUUAUGGCAGAAAAGUUAAAUAUUAAAUUGACAACGCGCGAUUUGAGACACACGGAUCCGAAAGCACAGUUGCAAGCCAUUUGCUCGCAAUGGCUUCCCUUGGCCCAAACAUGUCUCGACAUGGUAUGUGAAAAGGUUCCAGCACCUCAUAAUUUAACUGACGAGAAAAUUGAGCGAUUGAUAAGCGGGAACAACGACUUUUCUGCUUUACCCGUUGAAACGCAGCGAUUGAAAAAAGCGUUCUUAUUAUGCGAUCCAUCGCCGGAAGCACCAAUUAUUAUAUUUAUAUCAAAAAUGUUUCCAGUAGAAAAAGAUAUGUUGCCCGAGAACAGACCAAAGUCUCUAACACCAGAAGAAUUGGCACAAAGAAGAGAAAUUGUUCGGCAGAAGCAUGCAGAGCGACUGGAGCAAAAAAUUACUACUAUUAUUGAGAAUCACGAGGAAAGUACGCGUGAUACGAUAGUUUCUGAUAACGUUCAGAACGUAAAACACGAGGAUGUCGUCGAAGAAAAAUCAGAUGGUGCAUUAAUAGCUUUCGCGAGAGUGUAUUCUGGAACUAUAAGAAUUGGAGACGAGGUAUUUGUUUUAGGACCGAAGCAUAAUCCUACGGUUGCCUUGGAAUGUGAGAAAGCGGGCGAGGAGGUGGACUCGACUUUCGUGCUAAAGGAUUUAAAACCUGGCAGACAUAUCACAAAGGUGACCGUAAAUAAAUUGUACAUUCUUAUGGGAAGAGAGCUUGAAGUUGUGAAUCAUGUACCGGCGGGAAAUGUUUUUGGAAUCGGUGGCUUGGAAGAACAUGUAUUGAAGACCGCGACUCUCUCGACGACAAUUGCUUGUCCCUCGUUCACGGAGUUAACUUCCCUCGCGGUUCCCAUCUUAAGAGUUGCUCUAGAACCGAAACAUCCCAACGACUUGCCAAAACUUAUCAGCGGUUUGAAAUUAUUGAACCAGGCGGAUGCCUGUGCCAUCGUUCAUAUACAAGAAACCGGUGAGAUCGUUCUGAGCACAGCCGGUGAGGUUCAUCUGGAGAGAUGCUUGGAAGAUCUGAAACUGAGAUACGCCAAGAUCGAUAUUAAUGUAUCUGACCCAAUCGUGCCAUUUCGCGAGACUAUAGUGCCACCUCCAAAACUUGAUAUGGUGAAUGAAGCGAUCGAGAAAAAAGCAACGGAAGUUAGCCUUGAAAUUUGGACGUCGAAUCGGCAAUGUCGUUUUGAAAUAGAUGCGAAAUCUCUUCCGGAAAACAUAACAAAAUUAUUAGAGAAAAAUGCAACUCUGAUAAAAUUGGACAACUACUGCGAUAUAUAUACAGAGGAGAAUGGAGAACACGAAAUUAUUUCUGACGAAAAUCAACUCAACGAAAGAUCCAUGUCUGAUAAAAAACAGAAGGAAGCAAAGAUAUUCAAGAAUGACUUGGAAACGGCUUUUCGCGAGGCGGGAUGGAAGGAUAAUGUACUAGAUAAAAUAUGGUCAUUUGGCCCACGAAAAUGCGGACCUAAUAUCUUAUUGAAUGAGACUGAUUAUAAACAAAAGAAGUUCUGGGAGCAGGAAGACAAUACAAAUAUCGAUCCUCGAGCAGUAUAUGAUAACAGCAUAGUCAACGGAUUUCAACUCGCUACUCUAGCCGGUCCCUUGUGUGAGGAGCCUAUGAUGGGCGUUUGUUUUGUGUUAAAGAAAUGGGAAAUCUUUGAUACUUCACAAAGCGAUUCUGGUGGCCAAAGCCAGGGACACUUGGGCGGUCAAUUAAUGUCGGCGUGUAAAGAAGCUUGUCGACGGAUCAUCAGCCUACGACACCCCCGAUUGAUGACGGCAAUGUACAGCUGUAGUGUUUUAGUCAACUCUGAUGUUCUUGGGAGAUUAUACGCUGUGUUCGGUAAGAGACAAGGCCGUAUCAUAUCCACGGAAAAUGCUUACGGCUUCGGUGGACAAUUCAGAGUAUUGGCCACCUUACCAGUUCUGGAGAGCUUUCAUCUCGCAAGAGAAUUGCGGACGCAAACGUCCGGAUUGGCUAGUCCGCAACUAGUUUUUAGUCAUUGGGAGGUAAUCGAACAGGAUCCUUACUGGGUACCAUCUACCGAAGAGGAGUACCUCCAUUUUGGUGAAAAGGCGGACAGCGAUAAUCGAGCCAAAUGCUACAUGGAUGCAGUUCGUCGAAGAAAGGGCCUUCCUGUGGACUCCCAAUUAGUUAUGCAUGCCGAAAAACAACGCACUCUUUCGAAAAAUAAGUGAUGUAAAAAUUUUAGCUAAUGCGAAUGAUUCGAAAAGUGCGUUUACGCUGAGUUUCGUCUUUGUCAUAGAAACUCAACUAUCAUACGUCCAUUAAAUCUGUAAAAUUAUCUAGUGCGAAUUAGUAAAAAACGUUUGCGCGUUCCUUCAUCCUCAUAUUAUGAAACAAAAUUAAAUAUUACGAUUAAUAUUUAAUCUUGUUGAUGAAUAGGAUUAAACUGAACGUCUUCUGUAUUUGAUGAUUUUAAAGUUCUUUUUUCUUUUUUUUUUAUUUACUCGACUAAACAUCAUUCCCAAAUAUGUUUUUGCACAAUAAUAUAUUUACGAGAUAUGUUGCAUAAAGAAGACCAAAGCAUCACAAAUAAGUGCAAUUCAUUUACAUUUUAUUUGACAAAAUUAUAAACUAUUUGGAAAAUAAAAUAUUUGCAUAUUAUUUACAUUGAAUGAACAAUUGAAGAUAAAUGUAUAUAUGUAUACAUUUUUGUUACAAUACGAUAAAUGUGUAUCGUAAGUUUGUAAUGCACUUUACAGAAAGUUCUUGAUUAAUUUGUAAGCUCCUUGUUCCAUACAAUAAACUAUUAUACUUAAUCAUC